UGAGACUGCACCAUCCUUCUCACCCUCACACCUCAUCGUCCUCGUCCUCGUCCUCGCAUCCUCGCAUCCUCGCAUCUUCGCCUUCUCUUGUCGAAGCUGGUCAUUGCCUUGUUCAACUCACUCACAGUCAUUCUUUGAGAUUUAUAGCAUCAACCUCUGCUGGACAGUCUCCAUCACCCAUGUUUCAUCGCCUAAAACCCUUUAGUUCCGCUCACCUCCUCAUUCCUUCCCCGGUCGCGCCUGCAUUCCACCGCCCAGUGCCCUUUCCUCAAACCCAGACAACGUUGCCGGCCGUCCCAUUCCAACGUGUCCAACGUGUUAAUCACUACCUUUGAUCACGAGCAUCCGAACCCUCAUCGCCUGGCUACUCUUGUCUCACUCAACUCACUUCAACACCUCGAAUCUGUGUUGUGCAGAUCCCCUCACCCGUCCCAAACAUGCAAGCCGCUCUACCGCCCCUGCCUAUGAACCGGGGUGAACUUUCCCCUGUCGAUAGCGAAUGGUCCGGUGUUAAUGCAUAUGGAAAUUUCCCCCGAAAUGAAUCCUCCAGCGGAUUCGUCUCCCCCCAAGAGGAAUACAUGGCAUCGAGAAGUCCUCCGUUCCGCCCACAGCCUCCCAAUGCGAUGAACAGCUUUGGCUCCGGCUCUAUGUCUUUGUCAGGUCAACUCGAACCCAUCAAUCAGCGUGGCCCUUCGGAAGCAGGAUCUAGGGGUUCCUCCCGAGCUGGCUCAAUCGCCAAUUCUCGGUCCAGCGAUGGCACAUUGUCCGACCACCAGAGCAAAAAGUACAAAAGGAUGGAAACCGAACUAUUUCAACAUUACACCGUCUUGAAGUCAUUUCUUAGGGGUGGGGCGCAACCUCCUCCCCGACCCAACAAAGCCCGUGACAAGCUGUUGCGCCUUUCACCAGUUCAAUUCCACGAGCUGAGUACAGAUGUCUUUGAUGAGUUGCAAAGGAGACAAGCAAGCAGUCCCUUGGCUGGCCGCCCACCUCGACUUCAGAACGUCCCUCCGUUCCUGCAACCCCGGCCCGACUUUCACGAGAAACGUAAUCAGGCCAGACAGAAAUUGUCUUCUUUGCAGGCCCCAAGGUUCCGCGAUCUGUCCACCGAUGUCUUUUGCGAGCUUGAGAGGAGAUUUCCCCAGUUCUCCAUGCCUCCCUCUGGCAAUGGUCCCCACAGUCGCUCGCAAUCUCGCGGUCCUGGUAGUGGUUCAUCCGCCACGGGCCUCCCAGCCUUCCCAGCUCCUCAACGCGCCCCGACCUUUGGUACCGGCCCACCUCAAGCAUUUUCAUCCAGAAGCGAGUCUAUUUCGAGUGUUCCCCAGUUUGACAACCCACCCCCUGUGAGUGAUUAUGGAAGGCCAAUGCCGAAACAGUUUCAGAGCAACACCAUCACCCCAAAUAAGAGCAUGAUGGUUGAGGAUGAAGACGACUCGCAGCCCACAGACUCGCGAUAUGAUCGUUCGAGUGAUGCUUUUGGGCUGGAAAGCUCCCUGACAAGUCCAAGAAGCGACAGAGACACAUCUGCAACUUCUCAAAGUGGCGUCAGCUCCGCUUACACCAAAACCGCCAGGUCUGACGUCCUCGAGCUCCAAGACAAGGUCUCUGACCUUGAGGCGGCCCUAGAACUCAAGGAGAACAACAUCCGAGAAUUGAACAGUCAGAGUCAAGAAUGGGAGACCACCAAAAAGAGCCUUGAUAGGAAAUUGGAAGAUGCCGAGAAUCUCAACAAAUCGCUCCAGCUGGAGAUUGAAAAGCUGAAAGCUGAGCAGCCUCAUUAUAGCGGAGAAAAUGUUCUCUGGAAGACCAAGUAUCUCAAGUUGGACCAGGAUCAUGCAGUUCUCCAGGGCCAAUUGACCAAACAGCGUGAGCUGACCGAUGAGGUCAGCCGACAAGGCCAACACUUUCUCGAAGAAAUGCGCGCAAUGGCAGAGUCAGGGAUCGGAAGCUCUGAGCGCGAGGAAGCCUUGCAGUCUCAGGUGCAUAAAUUGGAAGAAGAAGUCAAGGAAUGGAAAGGUAGAUACGUCAAGGCCAAAACGCAACUGCGAAGCGUUCGAGCUAGUUCUCUCGGCCUCAGUAUCUCACGUCCUGAUGCGGCACGUCACGGAGCGGCACUGCAAGACCAGAACGGCAUUGUCAAGGACGUCCAUGUGACUAAGUUUCAAAUUGCUAUUGAUGAACUCCUGCGCAUCGCGCGCUCAGAGAAUCCUUCUGCAGUCCUUGACCAUAUGAAGGUGGUGGUCUUGGCUGUCCGAGGUAUCACAUCUGACAUUGACGCCGCUGCCGUCGACAAGGACGACGAUGACGCCAAACGGAGGACUAAGCUAAAGAGCAAGGUUUCUGCCACGGCCAACAACCUCAUCACGGCCUCCAAGAACUUUGCCUCGGCACAAGGCCUCUCUCCUGUCAGUCUGGUGGACGCAGCAGCGUCGCACUUGACUGCAGCUGUGGUGGACCUUCUUCACCAUGUCAAGAUUCGGCCCACUCCUGCUGGGGAGCUCGAUGAAGGUGACGAGCCGGUCCUCGAGCCGCUUCAGGCCAAUGGGUAUUUCAACAUUGCAGAAAGUCUGAGGCGGCGAAGUGCCGUGGACAGCGUCUACAGUGCUUUGAGCACACCGUCUGAUGUCCGGACUAGCGCCAACCAGACCAGAUCAAGCCUUGACCAGCGCAAUGGGGCUAGCUACGCCGAUGCUGCAGGACUUGGCAUCAAAUCUACGGCGGCCUAUGCUACAAGUCAAGAGGAGGCUGAUCUGGAGGAUCUCAAGAUGUACCUAGAAGAUCAAACGGACGGGUUGGUCCAAUCCGUCACAUCCCUUGUGGACUCUAUUCGAGGCGAUACGGGAUCAAGCACUGUGCAAGACCAUGUUCUUAUUGUGGCUUCGACCGUGGAGAAUAUCAUCAAUUCUGUCGAAAGAACCGGCAAUGAACCAUCUUCGUACAAGGACAUGUUGGCAUCAAGAACAGGGCCGGUGCUGAAACUCCUUCGGGAAUGUAGGGACAAUCUUCUACGAACCAACGGAGGUGAUGGUCGAGAAUCGACUCAGAAAUUACCACCACUAGCAUUCCAGAUUGCGCGCGAGACCAAGGAACUCGUGUCCCGCAUCAUGUCGAUUGAGGUGGGACGUGAAGAAGAUUUCAGUUGAUAUGCUGACCGGUGGUGUCAGUCUGGAGAGGCGAGCAAUACAGUGGCUUGCCAUCCAGAAGUCUAUCCGGUAUAGGCAGAUGUGUAUAUGUUAUAUGUAUAUUGUAAUGUAUUUAUAUGAUUGAUAU